AUGGCGCCAAAGGCAGGGCUGGUGACAAGGCUACAGUGUGGCCACAGCGUCCAGCCAACACCAGGGCUGCUGGAGCAACACACGGUGAGUGGAGGUCCCAAGUCCUCCUGGUUUCUAACUUACUCCUAUCUUCUGGCCUUCAACGCAUGGCUCCUGCUGGCACCCAUAACUCUGUGCUAUGACUGGCAAGUGGGCAGUAUCCCUCUGAUCGAGACUGUCUGGGAUGCAAGGAACUUAGCCACAGUCUUCCUGGCGCUGGUGCUGGUGCUCCUCAGCCUGCACUGUGUAGCUGCAUUCAAGAAACUGGAACACAAAGAAGUUUUGGUUGGCUUAUUGUUCCUGGUUUUCCCAUUCAUCCCAGCCAGCAACCUCUUCUUCAGGGUGGGAUUUGUGGUGGCAGAACGAGUCCUUUACAUGCCGAGUAUGGGGUACUGCAUUCUUUUUGUCCAUGGCCUAAGAAAGCUCUCUGCAUGGUUGGAUAAAUGGAGAAUUACUCUUCCGACUCUCUUUGCUUUGCUGCUGCUGCUAUUCUCUUGGAAGACCGUGAGACAGAAUGAAAUCUGGUUGUCGAGAGAAUCCCUCUUCAGCUCAGGAGUGAAGACUCUACCCCAUAACGCCAAGGUGCACUACAACUAUGCCAAUUUUCUGAAGGACCAGGGACGUAACAUUGAAGCGAUCUACCACUACAAAACUGCUCUCAAGCUGUAUCCUCGUCAUGCAAGUGCUCUCAACAACCUGGGGACAUUGACCAAAGAUGUGGUGGAAGCAAAGGACUAUUACAGACGGGCCCUCCAGUUAAACCCGCAGCACAACCGUGCGCUGUUCAAUCUCGGCAACCUGCUCAAGUCCCAGGGGAAGAAGGAGGAGGCCAUAAUCCUGCUGAGGGACUCCAUUAAGUACGGCCCGGAGUUCGCAGACGCUUACUCCAGCCUGGCUUCCCUGCUGGCCGAGAAGGAACGCCUCGAAGAAGCGGAGGAGGUUUAUAAGGCCGGCAUAGAGAAUUGCCCGGAGAGCUCCGACCUGCAUAACAACUACGGUGUUUUCUUGGUUGAUACAGGGGCUCCCGAGAGGGCCGUGUCCCACUACAGACACGCCAUCCACCAGAGCCCAAACCACCACGUGGCCAUGGUGAACCUGGGCAGGCUUUACCGCUCUCUGGGGCAGAACAAAGAGGCUGAAACCUGGUACAAAAGGGCAUUGAAGGUAUCCCGGAAAGCUGAAAUCCUGUCCCCACUUGGAGCUCUGUACUACAACACUGGGAGGUAUGAAGAAGCUUUGCAGGUUUAUAGGGAAGCCGUGUCACUGCAGCCUUCAAACAGAGAGAUUCGACUGGCGCUGGCCCAGGUUUUAGCAAUGAUGGGACGGACAAAGGAAGCUGAAAAGAUGACGAACCACAUCCUCUACGAAGAUGCCGAGUGUCUGGAGUGCUACCGCCUUCUGUCAGCAGUCUACAGCAAGCAGGAGCACUAUGCUAAGGCACUUGAAGUUAUAGAUAAAGCUCUUCAGCUAAAACCAAAGGAUCCAAAAGUCAUAUCAGAGCUGUUUUUCACUAAAGGAAACCAGCUAAGGGAACAGAAUCUUCUUGACAAGGCUUUUGAGAGCUAUAAAAAAGCUGUGGAGUUCAACUCAGACCAAGCACAAGCCUGGAUGAACAUGGGAGGCAUUGAACAUAUCAAGGGGAACUACGUCCCUGCCCGUAACUACUAUGAAAAAGCUUUACAGCUGGUUCCAAACAGCAAGUUGCUGAAGGAGAAUCUGGCCAAAUUGGAUCGAUUAGAGAAGAGGUUACAGGAAGUCCAGGAGAAAGAUCAGACAUAGCAUUCAGUCACCAGUGGAAAGGAACUUAUGAUUCUUGGAGAAGUGUGUGGUGGAAGCCUAAAAGUGACACUGAAGGAACUUAGAUAUGAUGCAGAAUUAUGGAGGGCAAAUUCUGGAUGCAUACUUGUUUGACCAAAGUUACAGGAGACACUCAGCUCAUGUGGAACAUGCUGGAGAACCAAUGAAAACCUCCUUGUAGUCAGGAUUCAUGUUUAGGUUGAACCCAUCUUAGUCACACAAGUAGUGUGGGUGGGGCAUGUACCUUCAAUAUCAUGGUUAUUGCUGGGG